AUCUACGUAAACAUAACCUAAAAAAAUGACUACGUAAUUUUAAAUAUUUGAAAGAAAUUUAUGAUUAAAAUUGCAUGGAAAUAGAAAUCGAAAGUAGUCAAUUGAAAAAUGAAACCUACGAAUAUACUAGACCUCCUUCAAUCGAUUUAAAGACAUCCUACAAUGAGUUCUUUGUAAACUACUUGUGCAAAAACCAAUCUUGCUUGAUCAAAAAUGUUGGAGGAAAUUGGAAUUCGACCCAAUUAUGGAUAGAAAACGACUCCCCAAACUUUGCGUACCUACGCCAAACUUAUGGCGACUCACUGGUCUCCGUUACAAACUGCAAUAGUCAAAGCACCUACGCUCAACAGCCACUAAAGUGGAAUUUUCGGGAUUAUUUACACUAUUGGGAGAAUCAUGUUGACGGGAACGAACAAGUACUUUAUGUAAAAGAUUGGCAUUUGCGAAAUGAAAAUCCUGCAGACGAGUUUUACGAUGUCCCUUUACAUUUCGCUUCGGAUUGGUUAAAUGAGUAUCUGGUCGAAAAUUUGCUCGAUGACUAUCGCUUCGUUUACAUGGGAGUCAAAGGAACAUGGUCACCUUUCCAUGUGGACGUAAUGACGUCGUAUAGUUGGUCGACAAAUAUUUACGGGCAAAAGCGGUGGGUGUUGUUUCCACCAGGCGAAGAGGAGUAUUUCUACGACUCAUUAGGAAAUUUACCGAGCGAUAUUUCCAAUUUGAAGAAUGGCCGUAAACAUUUUGAAAUCGUUCAGAAUCCCGGUGACGCUAUAUUUGUUCCGUCAAAUUGGCAUCAUCAAGUUUGGAAUGUGACCGACACAAUAUCAAUAAAUCAUAACUGGAUUAACGGAUGUAAUUUACAUACCAUCUGGAAAGCGAUGGAGAAAAAUUUAACGGAGGUUAAAAGAGAAAUUAGAGAUUGUAGCGAUAUGGAAAAUUUUCUAGAUCAUUCGCAGUUAAUGUUAAAGGCAUCUUUCGGUUUUAACUUUGGGGAGUAUUUCGAUUUCAUGCUGUACAUUGCGACAAAACGCAUCAAAUCGUUGCAAAAUGAACCUGUAAAGCUAUCUGGCAAAUAUUUAUUAGGUAGAAAUCAUGCGGAAUACGACUUGCGGUCUAUUAGGUGCACCGUUGUAGAUUUAUUAAAUCAUUGCGAUACACUCGAACUUAGUUGUUUUAAAAGUCUGGAAAAGGGGCCAGAAUUUUUAUUACAGAAAAUUGAUGACAGUUUAUGAAUAAAACGCUUCAAUUCUCAA